AUGCCAAAAUAACCCUUAAUAUACAUAUCACACCACAAAUGACAGUUUAUUAUAAGCGGACGUUCCAGAAACGACAUGAACUACCCAUCUCGAAUAAAGACAAUGAUAAAAUAAAAGCUAUCGCUCAUGAUACUCGUGGUUCAAAAUAGCAUGCUCGUUUUACUCAUGCGUUAUUCACGUACUUCUACAUCACCCGAUCAACCCAUCUAUAUCGCCUCCACCGCAGUCUUUAUGGCCGAACUCAUAAAGAUCAUCACUUGUCUCUUCAUGCUGCAUCAUCAAGAGAAAUCCUACAAGAAAUGCAUCCACUUGAUCUAUUCCGAGAUUGUCCAAAAGCCUUACGAAGUAGGAAAGAUGUUGAUCCCCAGUGGCCUCUACGCUUUACAAAAUAAUCUACUCUAUAUCGCCCUCAGUAACUUGGAAGCUGCCACCUUUCAAGUCACAUACCAACUCAAGAUCCUUUCCACUGCUGCCUUUUCCAUCUCGUUACUGGGACGAUCUUUGAACCGCGAGAAAUGGCUGGCUUUGGUGUUAUUGAUGGUUGGUGUGACAUUGGUGCAAACUGAGAGUGUGACAACGGUAGAAACCGUGGAUAAUGGACAGAAGCCCAUGAUUGGCCUACUGGCUGUGCUGACCAGUUGUAUCUCGUCUGGGUUUGCAGGCUGUUACUUUGAAAAGAUCCUCAAGACCUCCACGACCUCCAUGUGGAUCCGAAAUAUCCAAUUGGGAAUCUGUGGUGCGACCUUUUCAUUUUUAGGCAUGAUGCUAUCGGAUUUCGGGCAGAUAAAGAGUCAUGGGAUAUUCACAGGUUAUAAUGCAUUAACCUGGUUUGUCGUGACAAAUCAAGCAUUGGGCGGACUCUUGGUAGCCAUGGUAGUAAAAUAUGCAGACAACAUUCUUAAAGGGUUUGCUACCAGUAUCUCCAUUAUUUUAUCCGGUAUCAUUAGCUUUUGUUUGUUGGAUUUUCAACCUUCUUGGUUGUUUCUAACAGGAACUGCCAUUGUCAUUGCUGCCACUUUCUUGUAUGGUGCUGCUAGUUAAACCUCUCCACAACAAAUAAUCUCACCCCGUAUCCCUUUAUUAAUAAACAAUUCACAGUAGAUCUCUCUCCCCCCCCCCUCCUUCUUUUUUUCUUUAUAUAAUAAACAAUACACUAUAGAAACACCCCCUUUAUAAAAAAUGAACUGCGCAAUGACCCAAUGAUUGGUAAGUUGUGUGUGUACAUGGUGUGUGAGAAGAAAUCAUCAACUGACUCUUUUUUUUUUUUUUUGGGCUCGCGCGUGAAUUAAAUGCCCGCG